AUGUCGAAUUGUGAUGGAUUUCCUCCGGGGUACACUGACGGCAGGCAGUGCCCCGUGAGUGCUUGUGGCUCAGGUCAAGCCGGCAAAUCCAAAGUUGAGGUUAAUAAGAACCUCAAACACGUGUACUCGCAAGCGAGCUCUGAUCACCCGGAGUCAUACAUUCACACAGCGCAUAAUCACCGUAAUGUACUAGAGGAUGUUAUCGCGAAGCUGCAGGGGGCCGGACCCAAGGUCGAAGAUGCGCUCCUCGAGAUCAAGGAGCAUCUCAAAGCCGGCUUUAACCCCGACCUGCUCCGUGAGGCAAUGAGUAUUCACCUCACUCAUUCACCGGAUGCCCAGAAGCGCCACAUCCACGCACCGGCUCUGAAGGAGCAUGCCGCCUUCAGGCACCACAAGACUGGGACUGAGUCCAAAGCGGCGGACCCCGUGCCGACCACAGUUUCUGGUGAAAUUGUCACCACCGACACCCUUCAGGGCCCCGGACUGCUGUCGUACUGGCGCGAUGACUAUGACAUGAACGAUGCCCACUACCACUGGCACAUUGUUUACCGCGGUGCCGGCGGCGACAAUGCGGUCAACACCCGCACCAUCGAUCGACAGGGGGAGUUGUUCCUAUACACCCACUCGCAGAUGCUGGCCCGCUACGAGGCUGAAGGUCUCUGCUGGGGUCAGCCGCUCGUUCGUUCUUGGAACCUGUACGACGAGGUACUGGAGUGGGGAUAUCAGCCAGUACCCGCAUUGCAGGAAUACUACUCGGGCUAUGGACCUUUCUCCUCGUGGUACCGGGUCCGCAACCCUGACAUGGCCGAUAUUCCCGGGGUAACCAUCGGCGUAGGCGAUAUGGAGAAAUGGCGCGACAACAUCUACGAAGCGAUUAAAACGGGCGUCAUCAUAACCAAGAAAGUGACCCCAUACGGGACCCAGUCCAACCCCUUGCUGCUGACUGGCGAAAAUAUUCUGAACUACAUUGGGGGCCUGCUGGACGCGCAAUACAAAUUUUUUGAUAAAACGGACGAUGGCUUUGAGAUUGACAAAGACCUCUACGGUAUCCUCUACAACUACGGGCUGGGAAAGUUCGCCGAGAUGUCGUACCGCGCCGCUGAAGACGGACACUACGGCCUCAUGAUCUCCAACUUCGGCGCCGCUCGCGACCCCUGUUUCUACCUCUGGACCAAGCAUAUGCAGGAUUUUGGCCGGCUGGCAGGUUCUCGUUAUCCGCAGGACAUCAACGAGCAUCGCGCUCAGGUCACUUUGUCCAACUUGGUACUGCGGCCGCAGGAUAAAAACCACCCUCUAUACAAGAAAGGCGGGGUAGUCAGUGUCCUCGGGCCCCCAGCUACGGACAUGCUUGAGACCAAGGCGAAACUUGACCAUGAGCCGUAUGAAUGGAGUGUGGAUAUCACCAGCACCGAAUUCCCUUCCAAAGACAGUCCUCAACAUGUGACACUGCGGUUUUUCAUCGCGGCCAAGGAGCUGGUCAACCACUACCACCACUGGAUAGAGAUGGACAAAUUCACCGUAACCCUAACAGACCGUUCGGUCAUGACUAAGGUGCGGCUAGACAAGGAAUCAUCGGUGGCGCGAAAGAUGGGCAAGUACAGCGAGCCGGACCCGGAGCACGCCUCGUCGUGGUGUCGGUGCGGGUGGCCACAGAACCUGAUGCUUCCAGCAGGACGGACAGAGGGAAUGUCGUUCGUGGCCUUCUGCAUGGCCACCAACGAUACACUGGGCACAGAUAAUGUCCCGACCCCGUCUAUCAGUUUCUGCGGUGCUAACGUCAAGGCCCAGACCUAUCCGGACCCGCGUGGCAUGGGUUACCCCUUUGACCGCGCCUGGAGGCAGCUUACGCUAGCCCAAACCGGCAAGAUCUCGCUGGCCUCCAUCAUCGCCCCAGACAACCAGGAGUACCCCUUCCUCACCAGCAGUGACUUCAAGAUAUUCCGCACGUACAACUGGCGCGACCCCAAGGCCGUGAUACCCCCAACCGACGUCACCUGGCACAACACCAUCAAGUACUACUUCAAGGAACGGGACAUCGCGUGCAUGCGCAGCGAGUAUGGCUACAAUCUUGGUCAGUACGAGGAUGUCGUUUACCACCACGCCAACAUCUAUGAAGCCACGGUCAGUGGCCGCAUGCCGCUCCAGAUGCCACCGGCUACCCAGCAGAACCCCGAUCCUGACCACCCGCUGUGGACUGUCGAGAUGUGUGAGAAUUUCCGCGCCUGGAUGCUCAACAAAUGUCCCAAGGGUGAAGAGAGUGAACCCAAGAAGCUUCCCGUUCGAGGUGGUAAACAGUAA